AUGAAUAGUUUGUACAAGAAUAGACCAUUUCGGUUAACUCGAGCUAAAGUGUUAUUAGCAUUAGAUAAAAAUUACAAAAAAUUCAAUCAUGUCUGGCAAGUCCUUAAAGAUAUUGAAAAAUUUGGAGAUGAUCAUAACAAUGCAACAUCAUACAUUCAGAGACAAAGUAGUAACUUUGUGACAUCACAAUCAGAAUCUCCCACUACAAAGUCUCCAACAUUAGCAUCUUCUGGACUAUCAUCAUUUUCUCUUAAUAUAAAUGAUGAGAAUAUUGGUGGUUGUUCUACUCAACGACUGAUUGGAGUAAAGAAAGAAAAAGGAAUAAGAGAAAAUGAAGAGCAAACUUCAAUUAAAGUUGACACUAUCAAGGAAGAACAACGAUAUUGA